AUGGAACUGAAUAGGCUCAACAAUGGACGAGGUGGCGUAUUUUCGGGCUCUCGAGACUACCUCAACGAAGCCCAAGACGAUGACGACGACCUCGAGGCCAUUGCGACGGGGCAGCGAGCGCGGCUGCUGCGAGACCAAGCCGUGCUAGACGAAAGCAGCGACCGGCUGGCGCGCGCCCAGCGUCUGGCGCAGCAGAACGAGGAGAUAGGCGUUGCCAUCCUCGACGAGCUCGGAGACCAGCGUGAAACGCUCAAGCGCGCCUAUGACAAGGUAUUUGACGUGAACGACAACCUUUCGUCGGCUCGCAAGGUGCUGAUGGGGAUGUCCCGCCGGGCGGUCACGAACAAGAUCAUCCUGCUGCUCAUCAUGGUGGCCCUCGUGGGUGGCAUCGCUGCCGUGGUCUACCUCAAGUGGGUGCGCAAGCUCAUCCACUGA